UGCUGAAAGCUCACCCAGCUGCUAAUGUGAUAGGUAGUUCAUGUCUUGAUGUCUGACGACCGCUUAGCUACUAUAAAUACUGGCAGCCGGUCAAGCAGAGCUCAGUUGCAGCUCAGAAUUGUGUCUGAUAACACCACAGAAUAUAAUGAAGUCCUUUGGAUCAGUGGUUUUAAUGGUUUGUGGCGUUCUAUGCGUCGCUGCCGAUCCCCAACACACCUACGACGGACGCAAUGGGCCCCAUGUAUUUGGAGAUCCUGGCAAUCAGGUAUAUAUACGGGGACAAAGUGAAGGCACCUAUAGAGUGCCCGGUGUAGGCGGCCAAUUUCAGAACACUCCAUCGCGGGGCGAACACGUCUAUACGGAUAAAGGUGGCAACACUUAUGUGAACCAAAAAAAUUCGGAGGGCCAGGUACAGUCAAGCCAUACGAGUUUUAUAAGAAUUCCACUAUAUGAGUAUAUCUGUAGGAACGCACAUCAUCAGCGGUUCCAGCUUCUCAGCUACAAAUGGGCAGCAUAAAAUUAUUAAUGGAAACCACGCAGACAAGGAUUUGCACGCUGUAGUGCGCUUGUUGUAAGAAAAAAUUGUUUGCAUCGACGUCUUAAUUUUCCCUAAAAUUAUGCUACGCGAAUAGGCUAAGUCUUCUGUUGGGUACAAGAAAGCUAAGCUUUUAACACGCCAUCUACUGGGUGCGCUUCGUCACCGUGGGCUGCCCAUAUUAUUUUGUUUGGCUGACGUUUUAAUCGGCCUCCUCCUCCCACUGUCAUUUUGACAAAUCGAAAAGAAAAAGGGAAGAACGAGGGGAUGAGGCCUUGAUUUCCGGGAGAAGCAGCUCGCUCUCUCCUCGUGGUAUCCGAACAGUACGGACGUACUUAUCCAGCUC